UAUAGCUGUCUCUAGAUGCUCGUAUGCGAGGUGACAAACUAUUCGUGGUGAGCUAACAAUUUUGUACGUAAAAUAGCGUACUUUAAUUUGGUGUGUUCGUGUGUUUAUUGCUCUGUGAUUUUCGCUGACAUUUCCAAGCAGAAUUGAAAAAAAUUCUGCAAUUGCGUGUAUAAAAUUGACUCAUUGAAUUGCCAUCCUGUUUGUAAUUUGUAUUCCGGCUGCAGCUUUAACUUGCUGAAACUCGGAUCGAUUAUUGAAUAGCGGAUAAUCCAAUAAAGCUAAUAUUUUAAUAUCGAAGCUCGCAAUUUAACGCUUGGAGUACAAUAAUAUCCAGAUCAAGAUCAAACUUUUAUAACUUGAAUAAAAAUGGGGAACGUUUUUGCAAAUUUAUUUAAAGGACUUUUUGGAAAAAAGGAAAUGAGAAUAUUGAUGGUCGGAUUAGAUGCCGCUGGUAAAACCACAAUUUUGUACAAACUCAAAUUAGGCGAAAUUGUUACAACGAUACCUACCAUUGGUUUCAACGUCGAGACUGUAGAAUACAAGAAUAUUAGCUUUACAGUAUGGGAUGUGGGCGGUCAAGAUAAAAUUCGUCCAUUGUGGAGGCAUUACUUCCAAAAUACACAAGGUCUUAUAUUCGUCGUUGAUAGCAAUGACAGAGAGCGUAUCGGUGAGGCGAGAGAGGAAUUGAUGCGUAUGUUAGCUGAAGACGAGCUCAGAGAUGCUGUUUUACUAAUAUUCGCAAACAAACAGGAUCUGCCAAACGCAAUGAACGCAGCCGAAAUCACCGACAAGCUCGGUUUGCACUCACUCAGAAACCGUAAUUGGUACAUACAGGCGACGUGUGCAACCAGCGGCGAUGGUCUAUAUGAAGGUCUCGAUUGGUUAUCCAAUCAGCUUAAGAAUGCUAAUCGCUAAAUACACAUACAUAUAUAAAUAUAAAUUAAAGAAAAAUACAUUUUUGAUUUGAACAUAAAGUUAAUGAAAAUUUGAAUAAAAGAGAAACAAAAAGCGAAAAUGAAAGCAAGAAAAUCAACUGAAAUCAAAAUCCUACUGAUCCCAAUUCCCCUCAUAUCCAAACUGCAACAAUAUCAAGCAAUUUAAGGCGGUUAUCAUUUGUUUAGCGGUUGUUGAAAACAUUGAACGUAGUGAUAUAAAAGAAGACGAUUUUAGAGAACGGAACAUCAGAAGGACACAAUAUAAAACAUGUGAAACCGCUAUAUAAAGAAACUAUCCAUUUUCAAUUUGUACAUGUAUGUAUGUUAAUGACAACAAUAACAAAUCGCAAAACAUAAUGUGCAUCCAAAAGUAAAGAUGAGUUGUGAAGGAAGGGAAGAAACAUCAACAAGGGACUACAAAUACGGCAUCCACUUCUAA